GCCGUGGCCCCGGCGACACCACUGCAUGGGGCAAAACACACUCUGCAUGCCACAGCAGCGCGAGUAAGCGCUGGCGCUUGCGAUGCUUCCUUGCGGCCAUCGCUCUUCUGCAGCUUGAACGGAUAGAGGCAGUUACAUGUAACGGUCACAUUGCAUUGUUCAACGCACUGAACCGUCGCGUCGAUGGGCGCAGGCGCAUCAGUGGAAGGAGGGAAUGCGUCUCCAGCGCUAACGCCGCGAGUCAUGGUUGCCAUGCAAGCUAAGACAAGGCUGACUCCUGAGGAGCUGCAACUUCUUGGGGUGCAUUUUCAGAGGUAUCAGCUCCAAGACGGCCCAGCAGCAGCUAUCAGCACGGACACCGUGAGUCUACCCACAGGCAGUAUCGACCGCGUCAAGUUUCAGCAAGCGAUGGGACUACCCGAAAAGGAAUCCACCUACGCCGACCGCCUCUUCAACUUGAUCGAUGCAAACCACGACGGCCGCAUCUCGUUUGAGGAGUUUGCGCUGAGUGUGUCGCUGCUGUCGACCAAGGCCACGCUUCACGAAAAAAUUAAACUAUCGUUUGAUAUCCUCGACAUGGACGGUGACGGCCAGAUCGCCAAGGGGGAACUCGCCACGAUGCUGCACAUCACAACUACCGAGAACAACAUCAAGUUAACGAAAGACCAGGUCGAGCUCAUCGUGAACAAAACAUUCGUUGAGCUUGGCGCGGACGGUGCCAUCACGUUCGACAAGUACUCGAACCUCGUCGCAGCGAACGAAGGCAUGGUGAGCCACUUGUCCGUGAACCUCGCGUACAUGCUCAACGUGACGGGCGUACAGGCCUCUCUCCAAGCAACCGUGUAAUCCUAGACUAGACACUUUACGAACGCGUUGUCGUGUUCACGCUUUCAGAUUUUUGGCUUGGCCAUUCUGGUCCAUCAACGUGCCAGGGUGCCGUCGCGAGGAUGCGAUGUAGCUACCUAUAGUCAAUUUUCUCUCUAUGAAUAAAUACAGAAGGCGCCAUGCAUUUUGGCCAUCACUAGCUGCACUG